AAUGCACAACAAAGGAAAAAGGGGAGCUUGUGCUUUCCUCUGUAACGUCAAUGGCCGCCUUGUUUUCAAAUCCAUAAUCACUCUUUUUCGCCGUCGUCCUUCUCUCUUUAUUCUCUCAUACUAGCCAUGGUUUCCUCCCUCCCUCCCUCAAUUCCUUGACCCAUUCUCUUCCCUUCGCAAUGAAGUGCUUCCAUUUCUCAAACGCGGGAGGAGAACCCCGUGAAGACGAUGACUCGGUUACCUCUAAGGUUUCCAAGCUCUCCUGGGCUCGCUCGCUCAGCGUUGCUUCUUCUACCUUGGGCUCGAGGAGGUCUGAAUUUGAUUCUGAAUUAAAGGACUUCUCCGAUGCAGUUGAGUUCCAUAAAUUCUUGUCUCAGAGGCGUGCUAAUGAUCUGCGCGUGUUUUCCUUCUCUGAGCUCAAAUUGGCAACUCGUGGGUUCAGCAGAGCCCUCUUGAUUGGAGAGGGGGGGUUUGGUUGUGUCUACAAAGGAGUUGUCAAGGUACCCAACGAGCAUGCAAAUGACGGUUGUCUUUCCAAUAUGGAUGUUGCGAUCAAGCAAUUGAACCGUAAUGGACCCCAGGGGCACAGGGAAUGGAUCAAUGAAGUAAACUUGUUGGGUGUAAUUAAGCAUCCAAAUCUUGUGAAGUUAGUGGGAUAUUGCGCUGAAGAUGAUGAAAGGGGAAUUCAGCGGCUUCUGGUCUAUGAGCUCAUGCGGAAUAAGAGCUUGGAAGAUCAUCUUUUGGGUAGAGUUCCAUCAGCACUUACAUGGAUAGCUAGAUUAAAAAUCGCUCAAGAUGCCGCCCGUGGAUUGGCAUAUCUGCAUGAAGAAAUGGAUUUUCAGCUUAUUUUUCGGGAUUUUAAGACAUCCAAUGUCCUGCUGGAUGAGGACCUAAGUGCAAAGCUUUCUGAUUUCGGACUUGCUAGGCAAGGACCCUCAGAAGGAUUUGGCCAUGUUUCAACAUCUGUUGUGGGGACUAUCGGUUAUGCUGCACCGGAGUAUGUUCAUACUGGUAAGUUAACUGCCAAGAGUGAUGUUUGGAGCUUUGGUGUGGUUCUUUUUGAACUCAUCACUGGGAGGCGAGCUGUUGAGAGAAACCUACCGAGAAAUGAACAGAAGCUUUUGGAAUGGGUGAGACAUUUUGUCUCUGACCCUAGAAAGUUCCAUCUUCUGGUAGACCCACGACUUGAGGGACAAUAUUGCAUUAAAUCAGUUCAAAAACUUGCAGCCCUGGCAAACAGGUGUCUUGUGAAGCACCCGAAGUACCGCCCUAAAAUGAGUGAAGUGGUCGAAAUACUUGGAGGCAUAAUUAACGACGCAGUUUCUCAAUUUGAAUGCCCUCUUCAAGCUGUUGUAAGUGAAGAAGAAAAAGAAGAGAAGUUGUCUGAAGAGGACACUGAAUCUGGGGCGGCUAAACAAGGGAAUAAUUAUCUGAAGAAGGUCGUGGACUUCAGAGAAAUGAUGAGUUUAAGAAACAAGUCCAUUAGAAGGUUGGAUUGGAAAAAUUGGGCGCCUGGUCUGGUACGAACUUGAUGAUAGCCGAUCAUCUACGCUCCUGGCAAUGUUACGGGGUCGCAUCAAUUCCGGUCAAUGAGAAAUCAACAAUGUCACGCAGAGAUGCUUCGAUGAACACAUUUGCCCAAUUCUGUAUUUCUUAUUCUUGGUAGUUUAAUGUACAGAUCAUGAAGCAAGCCUCAUUUUUAUGGGUAAUCGGGCUUUCUCGAGUACACAUUUUUAGGCAGACACGUAGGUUUCAAUUUUUGGCCUCUCUAAAAUUUUCACUUGUGUUCCCUCUUUUUUGUAUAAAUGAGACAACAUGUGAACAUGUCUACCCAUGCUGGCAAUGUUUUUAUCUGGAGAGCAUAUCAGCUCCACUAAAUUGAGUACUA